CGGCUGUUGCCAUAAAGGCCAAGUGGCACCUCCUCAUUCAACUUCCUCUUCCCUCAUUCAACUUCCGGCACAUUUGGCCGUUGAAAGGAGGUCGAACGAGAACGGUGUCAUCUCUAUGGUACCGCAAAGGUGCUGGUUGGCGUGGAGUGUAAGUGAGGCUAGGUGUGGUGUUUCCGGUGGCCGUGGUGCAUUGUGGUAGAGAAGUCGUUGAGGGUUCGUGCUUCGCGCCCGAGCGGAACAGAACGUGUCGCCAUGUCUCACACAAUUUUGCUUGUUCAACCUACCAAACGACCGGAAGGCAGGACUUAUGCGGAUUAUGAAUCUGUGAAUGAGUGCAUGGAAGGAGUCUGUAAAAUGUAUGAAGAACAUCUGAAGAGAAUGAAUCCUAAUAGCCCUUCAAUCACAUAUGAUAUUAGCCAGUUAUUUGAUUUCAUUGAUGAUCUGGCUGACCUCAGCUGCCUUGUUUAUCGUGCUGAUACUCAGACAUACCAGCCAUACAAUAAAGAUUGGAUAAAGGAGAAGAUCUAUGUCCUUCUCCGCAGACAAGCUCAGCAAGCAAGCAAAUAAUGAGACACCAUGGUUAAGGGGGUUUUGAGGGGAGGGUUUUGACAACAGGUGUGUACAGCGUUCUGUAGUGAAAGUUUUGUAUUGUAGUCCUCUUGUUCAUUCUUGUUAGUCUGCAUCUGGGACAAAGUCUGAAUUAGAAUUCUAAGAGACUUGUUCUGUUUCAAAUUCCAAGAAGAUUGGAAAUGCCUUCUGCGGGUAUUUUAGUUUAAUUGUCUUGGCUUAGUUCAAUUUUUGUUUGCUUCUAGGAUUGAUCACAUCUGCUUCAUCACAGUUGCUGUAUGUACCCCUCUCUGGGUUUUUUCCAAUGUUAUUUCUUGGAGGCAGGCACAGUGAAGAAUAAAAUUAAUGCUCUUUAGAUAAA